AUGGAUGAGACCUGGUUGUUCUUUUGUGAUACAACUAAGACAACCUACUUCAAGAAGGGUGAAGAUUGUGCUGGAGACAAUGCACCCUCCCAUCCAAACAUCCAACUGACCAACAUAAAGCUUCAGUUCUUCCCACCCAGCACAACCUCCUUAUGUCAACCCAUGGACCAGGGCAUUAUCCAAACUGUCAAACUCAAGUACAGAAAGAGACAACUGCCACACGUUUUAGCUGAAAUGGAUAGACAGGAAACCAAAACCGGUCCACAGAUUCUAACAGAGAUCAACGUGCUCCAGGCCAUAUGUGCAUUGGCUGCUUUGAGGGUGGAUGCCCACACCACAUACGAACAUGCAGCAUCGGUGUACGACUUCAAAGAGGCCUUGUCUGCCGUCAUAGAAGGUGAAGACAAGCAGCAAGUUCAAGAAAUCCUGAAUAGUAUCUAUAAGCACUUUCAAUAUUCCCCCAAGAACACUGCCAUGCUGGAGGCAGCACAGCGGGCAUCAUCAAGUCAGAAGAAGGACCUGGAUUUUGCAGAUGUAGCGCCACUGCUAAACUCAACAGUCCAGACGAUUGAGAUGUUCUCUGAAGACAAUGACGAUGAAGACAAUGACGAUGCAGCUAUCCUGACUGCCCUCAGCAAUACUUCAACCUGUCAGUCAGGAAGAAUGACAAGCUCUGUCGACAUUGAGUCAUUCGAGCUACUGGAGGACAUUAGCAUGCCCAUUUUGUCCCCGCUCCUUCCUCAACAACAGAACUCCGGCAUGAAUGUUACCAUCGAGACCAACCGCUCCACCAUGGAGCUUGUUGAAUUGUGA